AUGACAAAGCAACAUAGAUCGGAACAAUCUAUAGAUGAUCCAACUACUGAUAGGAAAAGAUUUAAGUGGCCGCCUAAUUUGGCCCGUGGGCACUUGGAAAUCUGUGUAGAAGAGAAAAGGAAAGGGAAUUGGCAAAGUAAAUGCUUAACAGAAAUUGGUAGGAUGAACCUUAGGGCUGAGUUUUUUAAAAGGUUUGGGUUAGACUGGAAAUAUGACAAGUUCAGGAAUCGUCUAGACACCGUUAAAAGACAACAUGAAUCAUACAAGCGGGUUAUACCUGAUUCAUCUGAACUGAGAUUCUGUGAACAAACUGGAGCAAUCGAAAUGCCUUUUUCUUGGUGGGAAAAUUUAAUCAAGGAAAAACCUGAAGCGAAAACUCUUUGUAACUAUCCCAUAAGAGAUAUUCCACUUAUUGAACAACUUUUUUCUGAGGAGACAAUUUCAGUUGGUGAUGAUGGUUUGCAACACCAUGAUGGAGCAAGUCAUUUGCCUUUUGAAACAAAUUCUGUUGAAGAUAUUGAGCUUAACAACUCUCCCGAAGCUCAAAAUUCUGAACAACCUCAUAACAAUGGUAAGAGGAGACGACAAAUCUUCAUGACACUUCCGGACGAGAUAAAGAAGAUAGAAUACCUAGAGAGAAUGACGGGCAAAAAAACUCGUUUCAAAUUCACUUUUGAGAUUCCUGUUGAUCUCCGUAUGGUUGAUGCUGAGAGAGUCGGAUUUGAUGUUCUCAAGGCAAUAGCUGUGGACAAACUCUUUUGA